GGAGUCGGCGGCGCGGAGCCGGGGCGGCCCCGGGGAGGGACCGUCGCGGGGAGGGGCGCAGCAGUGGCUGGGGGGCUGCGGGCGCCAGGGCCCGCUAGUAUUGCACGCGAAGCUGAUCAGGGAAGAGCCUAGCAGAAGAGGGCUCAGCCCGAGCCAGCCUUUGUCUGGAUUGGGGGCCCGUGGCAGGGAGGACGGGGACCUGAGGGGAGGGACCUGGACGGACGGAAGGGUCCGGACUGCGGCCACCACGGCAGAGCCAAUUUGGUAGCGGGAGUGUGUGAUGGCCUGUGAUUGUCUACAAGACCUGUGCCCUUCGCAGUCUGAGUGGCACCUGUCAUGUGGGAAGAAGUUGUGCAACUUGGUUGCCUGGAGCAGGAAAGCUGAAUUAUUUCCCUGCCCGCCUGCUUGCUGGCACAGUCUCCCGGAUCUUGGAGUCUCCCCUCCUGUUCAGGGGUCCAGCUGAGUCCAGGAGCUGCACGGAAUGGUGGCAGACACCUUGCCAGUGCAGCGGGUAUGGACCAGACGGCGAGCUAAGGGAGCAAGUUGUCAGUCAAGACGAGGGGACACACAGCUGGGCUUGAGAUCUCUUUACCGUGAUGUCCCCAGGCCCCCCAGCCCAGGCCCAGCAUAAAGGCCGUGUUGGGGGGCCCCCCCUGACCCAAGGUGGGACUUCAUGCGCCACGUGCAGGCGGAGCCGUCUCCAUCCUCAGAGCCAGAGGCUGGCCCUUCGCAGCCUCCAGUCAGACAGGGGGCCCUCCAGGGUGGCCUGCUCAUGGGCUACAGCCCGGCAGGGGGGGCAGCAUCCCCUGGGGUCUACCAGGUAUCCAUCUUUUCUCCUCCAGCUGGUGCCUCUGAGUCUCUCAGGGCUCUGAAGCGGCCAGCCCCACCCAUUGAGGGUUCCCAGGAGACCAAGAGAGGCCCCGGUCUUGGGGCCAGAGAGGGACUGCGCCCUGAAGAACCAUCUGCUGUGGGGCUGUGGGGCCCAGAGGGACUAGGGCUGGGCCUAGGUGCGGCCAGCCAGCAUUUCUCCCACCAUGGCCUCUGUGUUGUGGAGCAGGGAGGUAGUGCCACCUCACCUUGGACUUCAGGGCCUCGAAGUCCCCCUUGGCCCCCAUCAAAUGCUUCCUGCAAUACUUUGCACACCAGAGACUGGGCUUCCCCAGAUCCGGGGGGACAGGGGUCCCUGGGCGAGUCUCCAGGGUCAGCCCCUUCAGGCCAGCUGCACACACUUGACACUGAUUUGCACAGUCUUGCACAAAUAGGGGGUAAGAGCCCAGUGGCUAGGGUGGGCAAUGGGGGCAGUCCCUGGCCCAGGGAGUCCCCCGGCACUGCCAAUGGGCACAGUCCCGAGCACACACCCCCUGGCCCCGGACCUCCAGGCCCCUGCCCCACCAAGCGAAGGCUGCUUCCUGCUGGCGAAGCCCUAGAUGUCAGCUCUGAGGAUGAAGGGCCAGCCCCUCGGAGGCGCCGGGGAACCCUGGGCCACCCUCCUGCUGCCAACAGUUCUGAUGCCAAAGCCACACCCUUUUGGAACCACCUGCUGCCUGGGCCCAAGGAGCCUGUUUUGGACCCAAAAGACUGCAGUCCCAUGGCGCGGAGGCUGAAAGGUGCCCGUCGCCUGAAGCUGAGCUCCCUUCGAAGCUUCCGGAAAGGCCCAGGCCUGCUGAGCCCCCCCAGUGCUCCCCCUGUCCCCACCCCUGCUGUCAGCCGUACCCUGCUGGGCAACUUUGAGGAGUCAUUGCUUCGAGGACGCUUUGUACCAUCUGGCCACAUCGAGGGCUUCACAGCAGAGAUUGGAGCCAGUGGGUCCUACUGCCCCCAGCAUGUCACGUUGCCUGUCACUGUCACCUUCUUUGAUGUUUCUGAGCAAAAUGCCCCGGCCCCCUUCCUGGGUGUCGUGGACCUGAACUCCCUGGGGAGGAAGGGUUACAGUGUGCCCAAGGUGGGCACCAUCCAAGUGACCUUAUUUAACCCCAACCAGACUGUGGUGAAGGUGCUCCUCGUGACCUUUGACUUCUCGGACAUGCCUGCCGCCCACAUGACCUUCCUGCGCCAUCGCCUCUUUCUGGUGCCUGUGGGUGAGGGGGGGAACGCCAGCCCCACCCACCGCCUCCUCUGCUACCUGCUGCACCUCAGGUUCCGGAGCUCACGCUCAGGCCGCUUGAGCCUGCAUGGAGAUAUCCGCCUGCUGUUCUCGCGCCGGAGCCUGGAGCUGGACACAGGUCUCCCCUAUGAGCUUCAGGCUGUGACCGAGGCCCCCCACAAUCCGCGUUACUCACCUUUGCCCUGAUUGUCAGUGCUCUGAACCUAGGUGGGCCGACAGCUUUCCCACCGAGCUCCAUCCUGGGCAGAGUAAACAUGCAGAGAGAAGGCAAGAGCCUCUUGAGGCUUGUUAAAAUCCUUGCCACACUCAUGCCCAAACCGAUGACUUGGGUGUGCAAAGCUUCUGAUCCUUUCACACCCUGCCCUACUCCGGGUACUCCAUGUGCCUGUCCCCUCCCUUGGGUUUUCCAGGCCAGCUUAGGUAGUAGAGAAGAACCAAGAACCAGAGCUACCCUGAGACUGUCCCAAGUUCCCAGGCAAGUCAUGCCAGCGUUGCCUCCCUGUCCUGGGCCAGGGACCACUUAUUAUUUUAUUUAUUUUUAAUUUAUAACUUAUUCAAAUUGGGUUGCCUUGGUAACCUCCCAGACCUGAUAAUUGGCAUCACCCCUCCUCCUUUCCCACUCUCAGAUAUUGCUCCAGCCUCGGGAGUUGAAGAGGCCGAUGUGGGGGCCCGGGGAGAACUGCUGUCACUCAGCUGAGGGCAGAGGCUUACUCCAGAGGGACUGAGUCACUAGCCAAAGGCUCAGAUUCCCCUGUCCCUGUUCCCUCCACUCGCCCUACCCUCGAACCCAUCUUUGAAAGCCAACUUUGUGUGUGUGCAUGAG